AAGAAAGAAAGCGAUAGAAAGAGCGAGAAAACAGUAAGCACGAGAAAAAGAAAAUCCCAAGCAGAAGAGAGAGAAUGUUAUCAUCACCUUCUCUCUCUCUCUCUCUAACUUUCUUCCUUCAUCUCACUGUCGCACACGGACUUAACGCAUUGAUUUCUCUCUCUAUCACACGCUCCCACACAUUGGUGUUUGUGUCGGUUUGAAACUUCGAAUCACGGACUCUCACGCGCACAGUGUUCUUAGUCCACUCUGUUGGUCACGGAUUUCGACUAGCAUUGCGUCUUAAACCCUCACUGGAACAGUGGAACUAGAUCGUAGUUCGAUCUAUCUCACUCUCACUCUCACUCUCUGAAUGCUGCUUUCUCACUCUAGGUUUUGAAGGUUUCUUUUCGCUUUUCGAUCCGCAAUGGCGCCAAAGCGAGGGUUUUCCUUCGCUAAGAACAGAGGCAAAGGGUCGUGUUUCCCUGUUUUCGGUUUCGUUCUCCUCUGCGUUCUUGCGCCAGUGGUUUUCUUCCUCGGUCGGGGGCUUUACCCUGCGGAUCAAGACUACAUUUCAGAUAUUCCAAGUAAACAGGUUACCAAAUCUAGAGAAUGGCAGACAUUGCAGGACCUUAAAUCACUUUUUUCAAAAGAGGUUCUUGAUAUUGUUGUAUCCAGCACAAAUGAUAUGGGGCCUUUGAGUCUUGACAAUUUCAGAAAAAAUUUGUCUGCUUCAUGGAGGGUUGUUGGAUUAGAAACUUCAAAUACUAGAUAUGAGCUAAACCAACCAACAACACAUGUUAGACAAGAAAAGGCAAAGGUGAAGGAAGGCAGAUCUUCAGAUGGUCUUGCCCGGUGGACUGAUAGUCCUACACAUCAAUCCCGAAGGCACUUAAUAGAGAAAAGGCGGGAAAAGCGUGCUGCUGAGUUGGUAAAACUGGAUGAUGAAGGGAUUGUAAAACUUGAAAAUGCAGCUAUUGAACGCUCAAAAUCUGUUGAGUCAGCCGUUCUUGGCAAAUACAGCAUUUGGAGGAAAGAAAUUGAAAAUGAAAAUGCUGAUUCUACUGUUCGGUUGAUGCGGGACCAGAUCAUUAUGGCUAGAGUAUAUUUAAGUAUUGCAAAGAUGAAGAACAAGCUUGAACUGUACCAAGAACUAUAUUCUCGGCUCAAAGAGAGUCAACGCGCUUUGGGUGAUACAAUUUCCGAUGCGGAUCUACAUCAAAGUGCACAUGGAAAAAUAAAGGCUAUGGGGCAAGUUUUGUCAAAAGCAAGAGAGCAAUUGUAUGACUGCAAGCUGGUCACUGGAAAACUGAGAGCAAUGCUACAAACAGCUGAUGAGCAAGUUAGGAACUUCAAGAAACAGAGCACAUUCCUCAGUCAGUUGGCUGCCAAGACCAUACCAAAUGGAAUCCAUUGCUUAUCUAUGCGCCUUACCAUAGAUUACUACCUCCUUCCUCCUGAAAAGAGAAAGUUCCCUAGGAGUGAGAAUUUGGAGAAUCCCAGUCUUUAUCAUUAUGCACUGUUUUCAGACAAUGUCUUGGCUGCAUCUGUUGUUGUCAACUCAACUAUUACAAAUGCAAAGGAUCCUUCAAAUCAUGUUUUUCACCUUGUUACUGAUAAACUGAAUUUUGGAGCCAUGAACAUGUGGUUUCUUUUGAACCCUCCUGGAAAAGCUACAAUCCAUGUUGAAAAUGUUGAUGAUUUUAAGUGGUUGAAUUCAUCAUACUGUCCAGUCUUGCGGCAACUUGAAUCUGCUACAAUGAAAGAGUAUUAUUUUAAGGCUGGCCAUCCAACCAUACUUUCUUCUAGUGCCUCCAAUCUGAAGUAUAGAAAUCCAAAAUAUCUCUCCAUGCUCAACCAUCUGAGAUUCUAUCUUCCGCAAGUUUAUCCAAAAUUGGAUAAAAUCUUAUUUCUUGAUGAUGACAUUGUUGUUCAGAAGGAUUUGACUGGAUUAUGGGCUGUGGAUCUAAAUGGAAAAGUAAAUGGUGCAGUUGAAACUUGUGGUGAGAGCUUUCAUCGAUUUGACAAAUAUCUUAACUUCUCAAAUCCUCAUAUUGCAAGAAAUUUUGAUCCAAAUGCUUGUGGUUGGGCAUACGGGAUGAACAUAUUUGAUCUGAGGGAGUGGAAAAAGAAGGACAUCACUGGCAUAUAUCACAAGUGGCAGAAUAUGAAUGAAGAUAGGGUGCUGUGGAAGCUGGGGACAUUACCUCCAGGGCUAAUGACAUUCUAUGGGCUGACACAUCCGCUAAAUAAAUCAUGGCAUGUACUUGGUUUGGGUUAUAAUCCAAGUGUGGAUCGAUCAGAGAUUGAGAACGCAGCCGUUGUACAUUACAACGGUAAUAUGAAGCCAUGGUUAGAAAUUGCCAUGACAAAGUAUCGGUCUUACUGGACCAAAUAUGUCAAGUACAAUCAUCCCUAUCUUCGUAACUGUAAGUUAAAGGAAUAGUCCUGAUAAUUGGUUCCUAAUUACAGAGAAGAAUUCUCUCUAUUUUCUCCAGCCUUCCCCACUUUCUUUCACCUUUCUGGCUGGGCUAUUUCCACUACAGUGAAGCUAGAAUGAUGAUCAAUGUCUUAUAAGGGAUAGGGUCAGCGCAUGUUCUAUAUCUGCCCACUACAUUAUCUCUUUCCCACAUUGAUUUUUGCUUUCAAUUCAUUUAAUUUGUUUACACCACUCUCACCAAAUUGAAACAAGAUACAGAAGUAGUAACCUUGUUUACCAUAAAAAAAAACUCAUUGUACAAUACUCUGAUGCUCAGACUGGACUAGAAAUUAAAUAUCAUAUUUCUGUAUUCUUUGUAAAGUAACUUGCCUGUUCAGUUUUCAGAGCUUAGUUGUUAUUGCAUAUACUGAUCUUUCAUCUCUCAAAUCAUGAAAUUUAAAGAAUGAUUUUUGUCUGU